GAUGUCCAAAUUACUGUGUAAUUAUGCGAUACUAUUCUAAUUCAUUAUAAUAUACUAAUCAAUAUUAAUCUACUUAGUCACCUAUAAUACAAAUCAGUUUUUUUAUUUAUUUUUUUAAAUCUAUCAAAAUGACCCCUUUGACUUUUCACUCUGGUGACAAAAGUUUGGACUAAAGUAUCAAAAGCGUCGAUAUUUGGAUUUGAGGGACGAUACGGCAUAACGCUCUGGUAUCGACGGUGUCGACGCGUCAGUAUCGCAGGGACGGGGCGAUGGCAAAUUCAACAGCGGCGUGACAGAAUUCCCGCCGCGUGUCGCGGUGCACCUCCGGCCGGUGGAACGAGCGCCUAACGCGAGUCACCUCCACGCCGCGGAGGUCGGGGCUAAACACGCUCACAUUAUCCACGACGCUCCCCCGCUCCAGCGGCGGUGGUGUCGUCCUGCCUGUCGGCGAGUCAGCUGAUCCCGGACGUCGCAGCCUCUGUCCCCGGACGUCGCAGCCUCUGUCCCCGGACGUCGCAGCCUCUGUCCCCGCGGGACUCUUACGUCUUAUCCACCGGGGAGAGGAAGGUCGCAUCCCCGCAGGACUCUUACGUCUUCAUCCGCCGGGGCGAGGAGGGUCGCAUCGGUCGCCUCCAUGCCCGCAGAUGUGCCCCGCGCGCAGGGGACGUUGACGUGCCGGCGCGGCGGGGGUCCGGUCCCGGCCAAGUCGGAAUGCCGCUGCCUGUCCUCGGCGGGUCCAAGCAAGCACCUGCCGCUCUGGCACGACCUGGACGCCGGCUGGGACUGCGGGGCUUGGACGUCGCUCUCCAACUUUGACGCGCCGCAAUACUUCGGGGGGCCUCGGCUGCGCCGCUCCAAGAGCUGCAGAACCAGCAACAGAAAGAGUCUGAUCGGAAGCGGACAGUCAACGGGUCUCCCCCGGCCGCACUCGCCGCUCUCGUCCCUGACAGGCUCCAGUCCACAGGAUAGUCCCAGGAACUUCUCUCCCAGCGCCUCCGCUCAUUUCUCCUUUGCACGAAGGAGCGAUGGUCGCCGCUGGUCCCUGGCCUCCCUUCCCUCCUCCGGAUAUGGAACCAACACACCCAGCUCCACCAUCUCUUCGUCCUGUUCAUCACAGGAGAAGCUGCACCAGCUGCCCUUCCAGCCCACGCCCGACGAACUGCACUUCCUGUCCAAACACUUCUGCACCGAGAGCAUCUCCACCGACGAGUGUCGCCGGGCCACCGCCAUGCGGCCGCGCUCUCGCAGCCUCAGCCCCGGGAGAUCUCCUUCCUGUUACGACCACGAGAUCAUCAUGAUGAACCACGUCUACAAGGAGCGCUUCCCCAAGGCCACGGCCCAAAUGGAGGAGAAGAUCCAGGAGAUCAUCCUGGGCAGUUCCCCAGAGACGGUGCUCCCGCUGGCGGACGGCGUGCUGGGUUUCGCCCACCAUCAGAUCAUGGAGCUGGGCCGAGACUGCCUGGAGAAGAGCCGGCAGGACCUCAUCACUUCCAGCUACUUCUGUGAGCUCACUGACAAGCUGGAGAGGCUGGUGCAGGAGUCCACGGAGAGGUCUGAGAGCGAGGAGGUCAACUUCAUCCGAGACCUGGCCAAGAAGAUCCUCAUCGUCAUCGCUCGACCCGCCCGGCUGCUGGAAUGUCUGGAGUUUGACCCCGAGGAGUUCUACCACCUCCUGGAGGCGGCCGAGGGCCACGCCAAGGUGGGCCAGGGCAUCAAGACCGACAUCCCUCGUUACAUCAUCAGCCAGCUGGGACUCACCCGGGACCCUUUGGAAGAGAUGGCCCAGCUGAGCAGUGCUGGUGACGGCGCUGUGGCGGAGACGGACGACUGUGCCCAGGGUCUGAGUGCCGCCUUGAGGUCCAGACGUAAACCCUGCGAACUGGACUUCGAGUUGACCAAGCUCAUCAGCAACGGCGCGUACGGAGCCGUCUACCUGGUCCGCCACAAGGAGACCAAGCAGCGCUUCGCCAUGAAGAAGAUCAACAAGCAGAACCUGAUCCUGAGGAACCAGAUCCAGCAGGCCUUCGUGGAGCGCGACAUCCUCACCUUCGCCGAGAACCCCUUCGUGGUGUCCAUGUUCUGUUCCUUCGAGACGCGCCGCCACCUCUGCAUGGUCAUGGAGUACGUGGAAGGCGGAGACUGUGCCACCCUGCUGAAGAACAUGGGGCCGCUGCCCGUGGACAUGGCCAGGAUGUACUUCGCCGAGACCGUCUUGGCGCUGGAGUAUCUGCACAACUAUGGCAUCGUGCACCGGGACCUCAAGCCUGACAAUCUGCUGGUGACGUCCAUGGGUCACAUCAAGCUGACGGACUUCGGUCUGUCCAAGGUGGGUCUGAUGAACAUGACCACCAACAUCUACGAGGGUCACAUCGAGAAAGACGCCCGAGAGUUCUCCGACAAGCAGGUGUGCGGCACGCCCGAGUACAUCGCCCCCGAGGUGAUCCUGAGGCAGGGCUACGGCAAGCCGGUGGACUGGUGGGCCAUGGGCAUCAUCCUCUACGAGUUCCUGGUGGGCUGCGUGCCUUUCUUCGGGGACACGCCCGAGGAUCUGUUCGGACAGGUCAUCAGCGACCAGAUCAACUGGCCCGAGGGAGAGGAAGCUCCGCCUCCUGACGCCCAGGAGCUCAUCACGCUGCUGCUGCGACAGAACCCUCUGGAGAGGAUGGGCGCAGGUGGCGCCGGCGAGGUGAAGCAGCACUCCUUCUUCCACCACCUGGACUGGAACGGCCUCCUGCGGCAAAAAGCCGAGUUCAUCCCCCAGCUGGAGUCCGAGGACGACACCAGCUACUUCGACACUCGUUCGGAGCGUUACCACCACCUGGAGGCGGAGGAGGACGACACCACCGAGGAGGACUUCAACGUGGAGCUGAGACAGUUCUCCUCCUGUUCCCACCGCUUCUCCAAGGUCUACAGCAGUCUGGAUCUGUCCCGUGGACUCGUGGAGGAGAAAGGGGACGACGAGGACAAGAAGCCGGAAAGUCCGCUGACGGUGGACUCGCUCAGCUGGACUCCGGACUUCACGGAAAUGCCGUCCCUGUCCCAGUCCACCGACGGCGACUUCUCCAGCCAGAGUCCCGGUCCGGCUCCCUUGCCAAAGUUCGCCAUCUCGGCCGAGAGCGAGGCGGACGAGACCUCGGGUCUGGGCGAGCCCAGCAAGACCUGCUCCUCCGUCGGGGAGCUACCUCGAGACGAGCCGGACGCCACCACGCCGGGGAGCACCCACAGCGGGGCCACGCUCUCAGGAAGCUUCUCGGAGCACCUGGACCAGCUAACUCCCAGAGGCCAGAGUCCGGACAGGGGCGGGGACCAGAGGACUCCGACGGGCCCCCUGAGGACGAAGGAGAGACCCCGAGCGCCCCUGAAGGUCCCCAAGUCGGUGUCCACCGGCGCCUUGUCUCUGAUGAUCCCCUCAGAUCUGUUCGCCUCGUCCCCGCUGGCCAGCCCGCUGUCCCCUUACUCGCUGUCCUCGGACCCCUCCUCGCGGGACUCCUCCCCCAGCCGAGACUCCGCCUCCAUCUUCGCCAGCGCCGCCCGGCAGCCGAUGGUCAUCCACAGCAGCGGCAAGAAGUUCGGCUUCACGCUGAGGGCCAUCCGCGUCUACGCCUGCGACGGCGACGUCUACACCGUCUACCACAUGGUGUGGAACGUGGAAGACGGCGGGCCGGCGCAAAAGGCCGGACUCAAAGCGGGGGACCUCAUCACGCACGUCAACGGUGAACCUGUCCACGGUCUGGUCCACACGGAAGUGGUGGAACUCCUUGUCAAGAGCGGCAGCAAGGUGUCCAUCUCCACCACGCCCUUUGAGAACACGUCAAUCAAGCGAGGCCCCGCCCGGAAGAACAGCUACCGCAGCAAAAUGGUGCGAUGCGGCAAGAAGGCCAAGAAGGAGAGGACUCCAGAGAGGCGGCGUUCUCUCUUCAGACGUUUCGCCAUGCAGCCGUCCCCUCUGCUGCACACCAGUCGCAGCUUCACCUCGCUCUCAUCGGGCGAGAGUCUGCCCGGUUCGCCCACCCACAGCCUGUCCCCGCGCUCGCCCACCGCCGCCUUCCGCGCCGCCCCCGACUUCGCCCACUCAGGGGGUAACUCCUCCCAGAGCAGCUCGCCCAGUUCCAGCACCCCCAACUCCCCCGCAGGCUCGGCCCAAAUCCGGCCCAGCACCCUCCACGGUCUGGGCCCCAAGCUGCCCGGUCAGAGACUCCGCCAGGGGCGCCGCAAGUCAGCCGGAAGCAUUCCUCUGUCCCCUUUGGCCCGCACGCCGUCGCCCACCCCCCAGCCCACGUCGCCGCAGCGCUCGCCCUCCCCGCUGCUCGCCGGACACUCUGUGUCCAUUUCCAAAAGCGCCCAGUCCUUCCCCACCAAGAUACACUCUCCGCCCACAAUCAUUCGCCAUAUCGUGCGGCCUAAAAGUGCCGAGCCGCCGCGCUCCCCCCUGCUCAAACGGGUACAGUCCGAGGAGAAGCUGUCCCCGUCCUACACGGGGGACAAGAAGCACCUUUGUACCAGGAAGCACAGCCUGGAGGUGACUCAGGAGGAGGCGCAGGACCAGGAGGAAGGCGACGACGUGGAGGGAAGCGCCUGCGAGACGACGGUCCCGCGUUUGCGGCCGGUGGAGCAGGGCUGCCUGAAGAGGCCGGUGGGCCGCAGGGACGGACGUCAGGACUCUGCGGAGGAGUCCGACAAGGAGAUGAAGAGGAGGCAAGACUUCCUGCAGGAAUUCGACUCCUCCCUUUGCGAGGAGCGGAUGCGAACUCAAAGCAAAGUUUGUCCCGAGUCGGCCAGUGUGGCCCUCAAAGACGUUCUCUAUAAGAAAAUCUGCGGUCGCGUGUCGGACGUCGGCGGCGACUCGUUCGCCUGUGGCGGCGACGGCGAGUGGACGCAUCCUCGACAGAUAAAAGACAACACCAAGGCGGACCUCAAAUCUCCCAACACGGACUUUACCAGGAAGAGGCUGUCCUUCGAGGAGCGGGAGGACUUUGUGUGUCGUCUCUCUCCCAACAUCCACGACACCCUCCAUUUCGGUCCCUCCAGGUCCAAAAGCCUCCAGCUGGACGCGGCGACUCACGAGCACAUGAAAGCGGGACAGGGCGGCGUCCCUGACGGUCUGGCCGCCAAAAUGUUCUCUGGCCGAGGGGAGACCGCCGUGGAAAAGCUGCAGCUCAUCUCCUCGGGCGAGUGUCCUUUAAGAAAGACGUCCUCUGACUACAAACUGGAGGGACGCCACGUGUCCUCUCUCAAGCCUCUGGAGGGCACCCUGGACAUCGGCCUGCUCUCCGGACCCAGGAUCUCCAAGACAGACCCGUGUUUGUCCAAGAUGACCGAGUGCAAGAUGGUCUCGCCUCCCGUUUGGCUGCAGAACGCCGCCGACCGCCAGAUGAAACCUCCCGAGAAACCCAAAAGCCCGCUGAGCUGCACGCCGAGUACCGAGACUCCCCCAAAGAUGAUCCCCAAAGAAGCAAGACCUGACGGUUCUAGCUCGACUGUGAAACAGGACGGCAGAACCUGCAUGAAGGUGACGUCAUCCCGACACUUCUCUUGUGGGAAGACACCGUCCAUCCGGGAAGUCAGCAAUGAAGACCAGGAGGAAGAAGACCAGGAGAUGCCGGCAAAAGUGGGACCUCAAGCUAGUUCUGACCCAAAGCAAGAGUUGGAAACAUCAAAUAUGAGGUUUCAAGGUACAGAACCACAUGUUGCGGUCACGCCAUCAACAUCUGGUGUUGGAUUGCAGGUCCAAAGCUCAACCUCAUCAGCUCAGAACUUUCCUGCUGGCACUGAAAGUGGCGUCCCGAGGGAUGGGUUGAGCGCAUGUGGUUCAGAUCCAAAUGGGCCUCCAAGGGGAGACUGUCUUCUGUCGGACCAUCCAGAGACAAAGAUGUUUCCAGAAGAAAAGGCCCAGCAGAUAUCAGAGUACCGCACGCCGACGAUCCAAGGCGGUGUUUCCGAAUCAACGCCAGAACCCUCAAUGGGAGUUUUGUUGAAGUGCGAACCACAGCCUGUGGAGGACCUGAAGGAUCACGAUCCUCCAGUCGCCAAGAACGUUCUCGGUCCCAAACCGUCACCCCAAGAACCGCUCCCCGCCUCUCGAGCUACUCCCGACUCUAAGCCGAGCGACGCCACGUUGCCCUCGGGGAGCGGUCUCCAGGAAAAACCUCUCCCGGCUACUCCCCCUAGCCCCAGGCAACCAGAACCCAAAUCCUCAGUAGCAGCCUGCACCCUCGUGUUCAAGGAGAGCACAGAAUCCAAGUCCAAACAUCGGGCGGUGGUGUCUCACAAACUGGUCGGGGCACCGCCCAAACACAAAGACCCCUCCCCCAAGAAACAACCCCCACUUGUUAAGGAACAUCACGACCCGAAAACAAAGCGCACGACGUCGCCGCACAACCAGUCCGGACCCGAGUCCAAACCCGAGGCCGGCCUUUCGGAGACCACGGAUGCGUCCGCUCGGGGUCCGCCCCCCGACAAGGUGGCUAAGCAGGCGGAAAAGAAGAAACAGGAGGGCGCGUCCGCACUCAAGAGCGCCAAACGGGACGCGUCCAAAGACUCCGGCAAAGGGAAGACCGUGCGCGGGACUUCCGGUCCCAAAAAGUAAACCUUUAAAGGAGCCUUCAUGUUUUAAUCCAGGACCGGAGAAGCUGUUACGCGUGCUGGCGUUUGCUCCCGUGGUUCCCGGACGUGGGCAGGCGUCGCCCGAAAGGUGCCAUAAAACGCUUUUUUUCCUCACUUGCACUCGUUUUAAUGCAGUAGAGCCGCCAUGUUGCGUACGUAGCCAUGUUUUUAAACGCCACUUCCUGUGACAUCAUCGCGCCGUAGACGACGACAACGACUCUUCAUGCUUGACCACAUUCCUUUGUCGGGAUUCAUCGUCGUAGGCCGUUUGACGUCUGCAACGACUCACGCUCAUGGAAAAUGUAGCAUUUCACUCGAGGACUGUGAGGCCGACAAACGUCGGAAAUAACGUCGAAAAUAACGUUGAUUACUUAAAGGGUUUUUCGUGAACGACGAAAGGGCCCCGGUUGGUCGGACUGCGAGCUAUCUAAAGACGACUUGAAGUACGAAGGAGUACGAGCGACACGAGAGUAACGUCGUAGAGUUACGAAAAUAACGUUUUAAAGUUACGUCUUCAGGGAAAAAUUUCUAACAAUGGACGAGUUCUCGUAAAACUCGGACUAUUCUCGGAAGAUUGCGAUUUUCAUUGUUCUCCAUUUUCCACGAGUCGUACUUGUUUCGUAAAGCUAAGACUUUGUUCGUGAAAAACGUACGCGUAACGUUAAUAAAAAUUUUACGAAAUUCCGAUUUUUUUACGCAAAACUACGACUUAUUUUGUUUGGAGAAAGAAAACCAAAACGAUUUUCCUCAAAGGAUUACGACUUUAGAUUGACUUUACGAUUUAUUUCUCCAACAAGUUAUGAAGAUUAAACCUUUUUUCUGGUAAAACUUCUACUUGAUUCCCGUACCUUGGAUGUAGUUUUUCUCCAUAAAACACAAAGUGAGGUUUAUUUUGUCGGAUUACGACUUUUUUUUUCUCAUUUCUCAACUUUUUUGCUGUCCAAAAAAUGUCAUAACAUCUUUGUUUCGUAAACCCAAACUUUUGUUUUUCUUUCUCAAUAAAUCAUUUUUUUUUUUUCCGAAGAUUUAUACGUUUUUUUUUUUGUUGUAUUUACAACUCUAUUUUUGGGGAAAAAAAGUUUAGUCAAGCUUUCUUUUCUAUUAAAAAACAACAACCAAAAAACCUUUAAUUGUACGAUUACAUUACCAUGAAAAGAAAACGCAAUUUGAUUAUGAUUUUUUUUUUUUUUUUUAUGAAACCAUUUUUGUCAGAUUUUUCCCUAAAUUUUUUUGGGGGGGUUUCGUAAAAAAAAAAAAAAAAUAAGACCCCAAAAAACAAUUUUUUCCUCAUAAAAUUGUCUUAUUUUCCCCAAAAAUAUUUUUGUAAUAUUCCGACUUUUUCCCCGUAAAACUACAAUUUAUUUUGUGGGAUUACAAUGUUUUAUUUAUCUUUUUUAUAAGAUUACGCAUUUUUUUUCAUAAAAGCUACAACUUUAGAUUAGCGGGAUCACGACCUUAUUCUCAAAGAAAUAUUUAAAAGAUGAAAAUUAGCAUCUCACAAAACUUCUACUUGAUUCUUAAAUCAUGGAUUUAGUUUUUCCUCCAUAAAACAUAAAGUAAGGUUUUUUAACUCCUUUCCAGAACUUUAUUUUGUAGGAUUACGACUUUUCAUUUCUCAUUUCUCAACGUUUUUUUUUCUUCCAAAAAUAGACACCUCAUAAAAAAAUGUUUCUUUAAACCAUAAAUUAUAGUUUUUUAUCCUCAAUAAAAAAAUUAUUUUUUUCCUAAAAUGUUGAAUUUUUUACCAUAAAAUAUAUAUUUUGGGAUUACACCUCAAACUCGAAAACUACUUUGUUAUAUUAAAAAAAAAAACUUAUAAGAAGAAAAAAAUACGCAACUAGAUUGUGUUAGAUUUUCCUAAAAUUAUGACUCAAUUUUGGAAAAAAUUUUCAUAACAUAUUUUUUUCGUAAAAAACAACUCACAAAAUUGUAUUAUUUUCUGAAAAAUUAUUUUUGUAGGAUUACGACUUUAUUCUCAAAUAAGUAAUUAAUAAAUUCAAAUGAGUGUCUCAUAAAACUUCUACUGGAUUUAGCUUUUCCUCCAUAAAACAUAAAGGGAAGUUUUUUAACUCCUUUACAGAUCUUUAUUUUGCAGGAUUACGACUUUUCAUUUCUCAAGCUUUUUUCUUCAAAAAAUAGACACCUCAUAAAAAAUGGUUCUCCUUAAACCAGAACUUGUAUUUUUUUCUCAAUAAAACUACUUUUUCCACCAUAAUUUUAUUUUUAUUUUGUUAUACCUCAUUCACAAAAACUAACUUCUAAAAUUACUUCUUUUUUUUUGUGUAAAAAACGUGACCCGGUUGUGUCGGAUUUUUACUAAAAUUACGACUUAAUUACGAAAAAAAUUAAAUUUAUCCGUAAAAAACAACAACUCAAGAUUUAUCUUUUUUUCCCCUCUGUUUCUCACACAAUUAUAUUAUUUUGCGCAAAAUUAUUUUUGUAGGAUUACGACUUUAUUCUCAAAGAAAUAAUUAAAAUAUUAAAAUUUAAAUGUGAUUCUUGUAUCAUGGGUUUAGCUUUUCCUCCAAAGGGAGGUUUUUAACUUCUUUACAGAACUUUAUUUUGUGGGAUUAUGACUUUUCAUUUCUCAUUUCUCAAGUUUUUUUCUUCAAAAAGAGUUUUCCUUAAACCAUAAAUUGUAUUUUUUUUUUCUCAAUAAAACUUUUUUUUUUUUGGUUACACCUGAUUCACGAAAACUAACUUCUAAGAUUAUUUUUUGGGGGGAGGGGGAAUAAGCGCCUUAAUUGUGUCGGAUUUUUCUUAAAAUUACGACUCAUUUCUACAAAUUUCCUAACAUUUGUUCGCAAAAAACAACUUUUUUUUCCUCUGUUUUUCACAAAAUUUUAUUGUCCGAAAAAUUAUUUUUGGUAGGAUUACGCCUUUGUUCUCAAAAAUUUAUACUUGAUUCUUGUAUCAUGGAUUCUUUCUUUGGUAGGAUUACGACUUUUCAUUUCUCAUUUCUCAACAUUUUUUUCUCCAAAAAUAUAUUUCUUUAAACCAUAAAUUGUAUUAUUUUUUUCAAUAAAACUACUUUUUUACCAUUAACUUUUUAUUUUUUUUGUUACACCUCAUUCUGAAUUUACGACUCAAUUCUUGAAAACAUUUUCAUAACAUUUUUCGUAAACAACUCAAGAUUUAUCUUUUUUUUUUCCCCCUCUGUUUCUCCCGAAAUUGUCCGAAAAAAUUAUUUUUGGUAGGAUUACGACUUUAUUCUCAAAAACGUAUACUUGAUUCUUGUAUCAUGGAUUUAGCUCUUCCUCCAAAGGGAGGUUUUUAACUCCUUUACAGAACUUUCUUUGGUAGGAUUAUGACUUUUCAUUUCUCAUGUCUCAACAUUUUUUUCUCCAAAAAUAUUUUUCUUUAAACCAUUAAUUGUAUUAUUUUUUUUUCAAUAAAACUAUUUUUUUACCAUUAACUUUUUAUUUUGUUACGCCUCAUUCAGAAUUUACAACUCAAUUCUUGAAAACAUUUUCAUAACAUUUUUCGUAAACAACUCAAGAUCUGUCUUUUUUUUUUCCUCUGUUUCUCCCAAAAUUGUCCGAAAAAUUUAUUUUUGGAAGGGUUACGACUUUAUUCUCAAAAACUUAUACUUGAUUCUUGUAUCAUGGAUUUAGCUCUUCCUCCCAAAGGAGUUUUUUAACUCCUUUACAGAACUUUCUUUGGUAGGAUUACGACUUUUCAUUUCUCAUUUCUCAACAUUUUUUUCUCCAAAAAUAUUUUUCUUUAAACCAUAAAUUGUAUUAUUUUUUUUCAAUAAAACAACUUUUUUACCAUUAACUUUGUAUUUUUUUUGUUACACCUCAUUCAGAAUUUACAACUCAGUUCUUGAAAACAUUUUCAUAACAUUUUUCUUAAACAAUUACUCAAGAUUUGUCUUUUUUUUUUUUUUCCUCUGUUUCUCCUAAAAUUGUCCCCAAAAAUUAUUUUUGUAGGAUUAUGACUUUAUUCUCGAGGGGGAAAAAAUACAUCUUCUAAUAUUGUUUUUUUUUUUUUCGUAAAAAAUGCCAUUUUUCUGUAAAAAAAAUAAAAAAAAUUGGUGGUGGGAAUAAAAACCUUUCUCCUAAAAUUCUGCCUUUUUUCGAAUAAAAUGAUAUUCCCUCGCGUAACAUUACGACUUUUUCCUCGUUAAGAGCACUCCUUCGUACUCUCCGGUCAAGAUUGCGUUAUCUCAAAAAUCCCGAUCUCUUUUCACUUUUUUCUCGUUUCAAUUUUCGAGGCCUUUUUUUAAAUAAAUAAAAAAAUUGGAACGCCAACCAGGAAGUAGCUUUGGUAAGCACGCCAGGACUUCCUCGUCGAUUUCACAGUUUUUCGCGAAAAAGGGGCGGGGCUAAAGCACCUUAUCUGGGGGGUAAAAAAAGCGAGUGUUAUCUGGAAAGCCACGAAAGGUAGAAAAUAGUCGGAAAGCACAUUUGUUGUGGGGUUACCUGGCUUGUACAUUUUUGUAUAGCGGACAUUUUGCCAAAAUCUGUGUUGUGUGUCGCUGAUGUUUGUCGUAUUUCGAGCGGACUUUUCCCAAAGAAGUCGUCGGGUUCUUCUGGUCUUGUGCUGUACUUUCCGGCGUGUUAGAAAUGACCUCCCCCCCCCCCCCCCCCCCCUGUCUUUUUAGAAAAAUGUGCAAUAAAAAUGUGUUUUUUGAGUUGUGUAUUUUGCUGAUAGAUGUUGUAUAUUUAAGAAAAGAAACAGAUAUUUAUAUACUUCUAAUGUUGCGUCACACUGAGAAUAAAAAAAGGAAGCCA